UAUCUGCCAAAGUUUCUGAAAACGAUCGUUGCUGUUAGCACUUUUAAUUCUGAAUCAACCAAACCUUAGCCGACCAAUCCACAGUCCACACAGAAUGCCUCGAGGAAAGUUCAGAGGGAAGACCAGUUAUGGACAGCAGUUCCACUCCAAAACAGUGAGCCCUGUCCCGGAGUUCAGAUGUACAACGGAAAUGUCUAAACCAGGAGGCGAGAUCAGUUUUACUACCACGACCAGGGAUUUACCCUUCCAUACCUACGGUCGACCUCCGAUAAGUCGACCGGCCGAUAACGACAUUCUGAACGACGACGAGGGGUAUUCGAGUGUGUCAUCGAGGGCAAGCACUUCUCUGUCAGAUAAAAACUAUGUUGUUGAUGUUCAGAGCCGGGGGAGAAACGACCAUCUUACCGGAUAUGAAACGAUGUCCAGAAGCGUUGAGUCGACAAUGAAGUGGACGGGACAAGGUAAAGAUAGAAAUCUGACCACAACCAACAACGUGAUGUUCCCUCAACAUAAAGUUACUCGAUACUUAAAGGGAGAUAGGAACGAUUUUGUGAAGUAUGUAGACUUUGGACACGACUCACCAGUUAAUACCAGCGUAUACGGUGCAGAUUUCAAGAAAGGGAAAUGCAAAGCCCCAUCAGUAGUAAUGAGGAAGAGCUCCACAAUAAGUUUAGAAAAUUCUAAGGGACCCCAAGAUACGGUGACAAGUUAUGGAGCUCAGUUCAAAGGGGAGAAAGCGUCUCCUGUACCCACACUUACACAGAUGGAUGCUCAUCUGAGAAGCAGUAUCGAGCUAAAGUAAUCCUCGAUAAAGAUACAAGUCACGUGAUGGAACCAAAUAGAGUUCAGCAUUUUUAGAGAAUUUUCAGAAGGCGUCAAGC